AUGUCCACGGUAACACCCAUCCCUGUCCCGCUCUCACUCCCACUCCCACUCUACCCCUCCUCAUCCUCGAAGCUUGAACUGCUACCGCAUGACAUUGUCCGACUCAUCGGGGAUCACGUGGAUGAGCUGUCGGUCUGGCGGUUGCGAGCGACGAGCCGGGCUCUCCGGACCGCCUGGGCAUCAGUGCUCCUGCCGUAUCUGAGUAGGAAACAGGUCAUGGCCAAGCCUAUAAUCGGCACAGAUGUCCACAUCGCUAUCGACGACGGGCUAGCAAAGGACGAUGAUGCUCGCCGCGAGUCAUUGCGGCGAGUCAGCGAUCGCUUCCGCGCCCACCUCGCUGCAUUCCCCCAUUCAGCUACCGAGCUACGCCAGCUUCAGCUCGAAGUGCGGGACGACGACGAUAUCGCAGGCUGGCGCUUCCUACGUCGCUUCGCCCCUCAGCUGGAGCGGCUGGAGCUAUUCUACAUAGACCGGCUAUGGCAGAUGGCUCUGGCAAGACCUCCGCCUGCGAGGCGGGCGCGGGAUGCUCCUCCCAUGUCGGACGCAACAGUAUCGCAGCUAUCGGCCAACACCUCGGACGUCUGGCGGCGCGUACUCGACCGGGGAAAUAUCGUCUUUCCAGCCCUUACCAGCCUCACCAUCUCUGCCACCGCUCGUAUCCACGACCAGCUGCUGGGCAUCGCGCGGUCUACCCCGAAUCUGCGGGACAUCACCCUAUCCUGCCAUUUCAUGGACCAUGGCCGCUACCAUUACGAAGAAGACACCCUUCUCUCCAUCGACGAAGACUUCUGUUUUCCAAAGCUGGAAAGAGCCACCGUCAUUGGCCAUACGACAAUCGCCUGUUAUGCGGCACAGGAGCUCCUCCAAUGCAGCAGGGACCUUCCCAGGCUCACCCUCCAUCUCAUCGGCAAUGUAGAUCUGCCACGAUCUCUUCGGACGGACGGCAGCCUCAAAAUGGAGUAUCUCAUCGAGACGAUUAAGUGUCCGGUUGAGAUUAGGUGCCUGGCCUUGUAUGGCUGCAGGGCAGGGGAGGUACUGGCGCGAAUCGCAGGGGCCUACGAGCAUUCGCACGGAGGGGAGCCAACGAUUCUCGACUAUAUCGAAGAAUUGGUGCUCGAAGGGGCAGACAAUCUGUUUGGUGAAGAGGGUGGGCCGUAUCCGUUACUGAAUGGGGAAGACAAAUACUGCCCUGACUUUCCGGCCCUCAAGCGGAUCACUUACGUGGACCGCCUUAUCAUCGACAACCCCAACCACUCCCCCAUAGACUACAUCACCCGGAAGGAGGAAAUUAGGAUCUUCGAGCUCUAUCCGAGUCUUGAGGAGGUCAUCUGGAUCGAUGACUUCCCAUCUGAUCCCUUCAAUCCCCACGACAAGCACAACGGCAAGGAGUUUUACCGGAUGGACAGGUCAGGCUGGGCGGGUCUCUUGCCGGCUUUUGCUAGUCCACUUUACCGCCGGGCCGGCUCGAUCUUAUUAUGCGAUUUAGACAUCUUCUGGACGGGCUUUUGGCGAAGGACCUCGGCGAACUCGGCGGACGUAUGGCGUCGGAUCUUUGACUUUGGCAGUGUCAAGAUGCCAAAUCUUACGGCCCUCACAAUCUGCGCGACAUCCAGAGUCUCCGAUCACCUCUAUCACCUCGUCCAGAUCGCCCCAGACAUCCGCAGCUUGACGCUGAGUUCUUAUUGGCGGAACGCAAACCGGUACGGAUACGAUCCCAUCGACCCCUUCUCCGUACCGGUAGACUCGGAGUCUGUAUUUCGGCGGCUCGAGCGCGUCUCGGUGUCAGGAGAUGCGGGGAUCUGCCGUUUAGCCGCACAGCUCCUAUACUGCUCACGCAAGCUGUCGGAUCUCACCCUACACAUGAUCACUGAUGGGUGCGCAUCCACCACAGCCUUCAUGCCUGAAUUGGUCGAAGCCAUCGGCCAAUGUCAACAGCCGGCAAGGCUUGCCUUGUCUGGCACCGAGACGGGAGAUUUCCUUGAAAUGAUCGAGACCGACGAUGACUCGCCAGAGACCGCUACGCGCAUGCGGUGCGUAAAGAAAUUGUAUCUGGAGCAGGUAGACCGCCUGGGUGACGGAGGGGAAGAGCAUUUCCCUUAUCCCAUGCUCAGCUCGUAUGAACAAGUGCCUCCUCGACCGAGAUUCCUCGGUCUACAACGGAUCACAUACGUUGAUCGCAGGGGACAAGGUGUCCCGGAUCAGAGGCGCCUGGCGAAGGAGGAGGGAGAUGAGUCUGUUGCCGUGGAGGACCUCUUCACCCUCUUCCCGACCCUGUUAUCCGUUGAUUUCAUGGACGACUACCCAUCCAAUCCCUUCAUCUCCGACGAUCCGCACGACGGCAAGGAAUCUGGCAAGAAGGGAUGGAAACUUAUGAGACAAUCACAAUCUGUCCUUUGGCGCCAGGCCUUCGUAGCGGAAAGUCGGAAAUGUCAUCAUUCCCUGGUGUCCGCCUACAGCCCAUGCGCAUUAUUCAUGGUCGUCCAGGCCAAGCUCCAUAUCAUAAUCGCUCGCACGGCUGAUCAGGUUAUAGAGACGCCCUGUAAGAUAUACACCGGCUCAUUGAUCCACAGCGUCGCCGGUGCUAGAUCUCGGCUGACAAGUGUGCAGUCUUUUCUCAGACCCUCCUCCCCUUUCACCAUGUCGAACACGCAAGCCUCGCUCAUUUCACUUCCCGUCGAGCUGCACAUGCGCAUCGCUUCAUCGACCGAUGAGCUCACGGCCUGGCGGAUGUCGGCUUCACUUUAUGCGCCCAUCGAGAGAAGAUUCGCUCGGCAACACCUGGAGCGGCGGGCUGCUCUCAAGCGUGUGAGCAAUCGCUUCGACGCCCAUCUCGCGGCUCUCCCCUCCUACACGCCCGUCACCACAGACCUCACCGUCGAGCUUCGCGACGAUGAUGACGGUAGCGUCUGGCCUUCGCUCAAGCGGCUCGCUCCGUCCCUCGAGAGCUUCACCGUCCACAUGUACGACCGUCCUUUCCAGAAGGCGUUGACAAGGAAGCAGGGAACGCGGACCGGGCAUAUUGAGCCAGAGCCGGACCUUUACAACGAUGGGAGGAAGAAGCGCAAGAAGUCCAGGAUGGGCAAGCGGCUCGGACUUACGAGGGGGAAGAUGAAGAAAGCGACAACUCGUUGCACGAAAGGCAGGAGACAUAGUGGCAUCUCCUGCCUGAGCCUGAUUGUCUUGGGUUCUGAGAGUGCACUGCCCUCCUCAACUGAUCUCUCUCAUACGGUUAAUGCAGCGUUGAAACCGCGCGACUUACUGUGUAGGUUGAGUCCGCCCAGGGAGACAGAAAUCUUGGCCUUUGCUCCCACUUGCGGCUUUCCACCGAAAAGAGGGGGCUUCGUAAAGACUCUCCUUGGAGCAUUCGAGUUUGAGAGGACCACUGUCCCCCUUGGGCAAGAUGCUGCUCCGGUGAUGAAUUUGUUUGGUACGGGAGCUGCUUGUGAGGAGCUGGCCGGUGCCGAUGAAGUAGAAGAAAGGCUUGAUGAUGAUGACGGCACCGGGCUCGAGGAAGGGGACGAUAGCGACGAGCUGGUGGAUGUUGUGACCACUGGAGGUGACGCUGUUGAGGUGCAGUCGACAGUAGUUAUGGUCGUCACCGUCACUGUCGAGAGACUUUCCGCCAGGACGGCGACUGUACUGAAGACCAGCACAGCCAUGAUCAAGGACGCCCGCAGAGAUGACAACAUGUCGGCCUUAAAUCGAGAUGGAGAAAAGAGCCGACAAAUAGUGCGAGUGUAG